UGACCCUGAAAUGUUUGUGACACUAUAACAUACACCAACUGUAACAUUAGAAUAAGCUCCAACAAAAAAAUAUGGAAUCCGGAAAUUAGUGUUUCAAAAACCGUCCAAUAGAUGCCGUUGCCGGCGUCAACAACAACAAAGGAGGAGCCAAGUGAGGGUCCACCGACAUCCUUCGUCAACGGUCAGACCUUUCCCUUCGCUUAUCCCGACUCUUCAUCAUCCUCAAAAACCCACCCUUUCUUUUUUUUCUUAUACUUUCCAUCAGAGCAAAAAAACAGUCGACGAAGACUUUCAGUACCAAUCACAAUGUAUCAGUUUGAUGAUCAGAUGGAAAUGGACGGCUUUGAUCGGCUCCCCGACUCCUUGAUCCUUCUCAUCUUCAAUUCCGUCACCGACAUCAAGACUCUGAUACGGUGUCGAUCAGUUUCGAAACGGUUCAACUCGCUUGUGCCGGAGACUGAGUCACUCGUCUUAAAGGUCGACUGUGUCAUCUCCAGCGAAUCCGAAUCUGGCUCGAUCUUCCUCACCAUCCUCAAGUCCCUCCUCAAAUCCCUGCACGAGAUCUUCCACCCGAAGCCUUCACACCAGUUCCUGGCCAAAACCCGGCCAAACAACUCCCCCACCCAAAUCUUGACUCAAUUCCACCGGAUCCGAUCGCUUGCCAUCGAAUUACCCUCCGGUGACCUGAAAUUGGAGAAAGGCGUGACCGUGAAGUGGAGAGCCGACUUCGGGAAGACCUUGAAGAGCUGCGUGAUCCUUGGAUUUCGUUCGCCUGAAAAUGCAGCGGCGAGAAGAGGAGGUGGAGGUGAAGAGGACGUGGCCGGAGGUUUGAAGGUGAGGGUGGUGUGGUCGAUAAGCGCGUUGAUUGCAGCCUCGGCGAGGCAUUUUCUGUUGAAAGAAGUGGUGAAGGAGCAUGGAGAGAUGGAAGAGGUGGUGUUGAGGGACAGAGAAGGGGAAGGGACGGUGGUGAUGGAUAAGGAGGGGCUGAGGGAAUGCCGGGAGGAGGCGGAGCACGUGACUGAUGAUCGAGCGUGGGAGAUGAGCCGGACAGUGGUGCCAAGCGUGAGUAUGCGAAUGAGACACGAACCCAGGCUCGAGCUGAGUGGCGGGGUCGUGGUGGAGGGUGCGACCCUGGUUGUGAUAAGGGCUUCAGUCAACGUUAAGGAUGGUGCUGAGGUGGACGAUGCUGAGUUGGCAUUUGGAGCCUUUGGUGGGGUACAUUCGGAAACUGUGCAGGCGUUGCUGAAGAGUCGGAGUUAUCUGCUGGAAAUGAACUCGUUUUGAUAAUUAAUUGUGUGGUUUUGCCCUCUGUUUCUAGCCUCUAGGGUUUUUUUUUUUUUUUUUUUUU